CCAACGAGCCUUUGUUGAGCAUUCUCAGAAAAAUUGAUUUUUUUGAAAUCCGAACUAUGUCCGAAGACUUUCAAGAAGUAUGGGAAGACUUGGUUGGGAUACCAGCAGACCCACCAUCUAUGAGGGAACUAUGUGAAAACUGCACGAGACCUAAACUAGUUUGUUGGUGCUCAUAUCUUCCUGCGACACCCCUGGUAACUAAGUGCUGUAUUGUCAUUCUUCAACACCCAGCUGAAGAAAAGCGUUGCUUGAGGACUGUACCAAUGCUUUCCCUGGGACUAGCACCGGGUCUCUGUCAUGUUUACAAGGGCAAAAAAUUUCCUCAACAGAGGCAUACGGGCUUAGAGGAUCUCAUGCAUGCACCCAAUUCAGUCUUACUCUACCCAUCACCUCAAUCAGUUGAUUUGAGUGAUUUGCCAAAACUAGCGUCAGGUGGUUAUGAUUCUUAUAAUUUAUUUCUCUUGGAUGGAACUUGGCCUCAAGCUAAAGCGAUAUAUCAUAGCAGCCCCCUCCUGCAUUCAAUGAAACAAGUGAAGUUGUUAACUACAGGUACCAGUGAAUAUGUGAUACGUACUCAACCAACAGAAGGCUGCCUCUCUACAUUAGAAACUGCUGCUUUAGCGCUGACCAUUCUAGAAAAUAGGGAAGUUAUACGAGAAACACUUUUGAAACCCUUAAAGGCAUUAUGUGAUUUCCAAUUAGAUCAUGGAGCAGUGACACAUCAAAGCAAAGAGUAUUUGAUUAAGACCAGAACAUAUCCUAAAUUAAUUGGUAAACGUCUCAGUCGAUUACUUAAUGGGGUGUCUCCUAAUGCUGCUGAAUCUGAUGCCAGUCACUCUGACAAGGAAGUUGGCCCAAAUCAAUGAACAUUGUGAUCAAUCUCAAAGAGUGGGGAAUUCUUAUUUUCUUUGCUUUUAACUCCUCUGUGCAACAUGUACUUCUAAAACAGAUAAAUAAAAGAAUCAUUUUAAAAACAA